CUCGGAGCGCGGGUGGGAGUGAGGAGCGCAGCGCGGCUCCUCUCGCGUUUAACGUUGGAAGACUAAGCGAGCGUGUCUCCACUUUCUGUUGGCUCCGCGAUGACUGACUGUUAGUGACGGCGUGGUGGCGGCGCUGCGCUGGGCACUGUCCCUCUGGAGGGCGAGUGCUGCUGGGUGGCGGUCGGGUGAGACCAGGGCUGUGACCUCCGCACCCCCUUCCCCCGAGGCCCGCACGUCAGCGUGAGCUGUGUGACGCGCUGUUUCUGCACAGAGUCCAGGUGGUGGUUGAGCUCCACUCAGGUGCUCACCUCAGAAGAUGAGCACACUCACCUCCGAGCUCUGAAGUCACUCAGGCCGUUGCUUUAAUCCGUUAAGAUAGAAAGUGACCUGCGGCCUCGGAGGAGCUGGGUUUGCUUUUCUCUUCUGAUACUCUUCCCUUUUCUUUCUGAAGAUUUCGGGCUGAGGCCUUCUUUGGUGGAGGAGAAGGAGGCUGGCCUGGAGCGCGGCAGUGCGACUUGUCCAAAAACAACACCAAUUACCACUCUCGUCUUGGUUCAGGAAUCUUCUCGACAGCGUUUUCCAUGGCAUCAGCAGGUGUGCCGCCCACCGGGGCCCACCUGGCUGCGAGUCCAGGGCAGCUGGCCCUCUGAACCCCAGUGUCAAACCAGCGGCGAACCAGAGCAUGUGGAAACAGCUUUGACAGUUAAGAUGCGGGAGCACUUUAGGAAAUGUUUGAUCAUGCUUCCAAAGCUACUGGAGACCCAGUGGGCUUCUUCCUUUUUAAUUUUAAAGAAAGCUCUAUUAUGAGAAACAAAGAACUGUGAUCAAAGUAUUGAGCAAAUACCUCUUGGCUCAGUCCAGAAACGCAACCCAGACAUUCCUUUCUGUUCUGAAGCAGCUGUGCCAGGAGCCCUGGGGCCCUGGCGAGCCCUCCAGUGUGUUAACAGCCUCGCUUUACAGACCGCCUCCGUUUGCCCAGGCUCCUGGGCGUGCCGUUCGAGCUCUUGCCAAACUGACAGGGACCCGGACCGUCACUUAACCCUGACACCUUCCUCGGAAGGAUGCGGGGAGAGCUAACGGGGCGGCUUUUGUCAUCUGCCCGGAAGAGCAGGGGCCCGGAGGACACCUGCUUUGAGUUCGGGGUCUUUCCUGCCAUCCUCAGUUUCCCGCUUGAUUACCCGUUAAGUCCUCCAAAGAUGCGAUUUACCUGUGAGAUGUUCCACCCCAACAUCUACCCCGACGGCAGAGUCUGCAUCUCCAUCCUGCAUGCCCCCGGCGACGACCCCAUGGGCUACGAGAGCAGCGCCGAGCGGUGGAGCCCCGUGCAGAGCGUGGAGAAGAUCCUGCUGUCGGUGAGCCCAACGAUGAGAGCGGGGCCAACGUGGACGCCUCUAAAAUGUGGCGGGAUGACCGGGAGCAGUUUUACAAGGUUGCCAAGCAGAUCGUGCAGAAGUCGCUGGGGCUCUGAGCCGCGCACUGUGCCCGCACCUGCGUGCACACACACCGCCAGGCGGUUUCCAGUGUCCUCUGAAACGCUUGGUGACAGUGACACUCUGUGCUGGUACCAAAAAAGGCAAGCUUGCAGAACCACAGCAUCUAUUUUUUCCCACCUUUCCUACCCCAAACAGGCUUCUCUUCUGAAAUUACGACCUGAGGACGGUGACAGCUGGGUGUGGCGAGGCGUGCCAGGAGUGGUGCAGGGAGCCGUCACCACCGCCUCUCCCAGCUGUUGCGCCCACACACCCAGCAGUUGGUGGCCUCCCUCCCUCCCACAGUGUGAGGGUGGAUGCGCCGGCCCCCUGGGGACUGGAACCAGCAACGUCCUCCCCAAGACGGGGGCCCUGUAGCCCCGGCAGAAGGUGGCAGCUGGGACGUGUCUGGGGCCCUCCUGGUUCCCUGGCCCCCACGAGGGGCAUGGAACCCUGUUUCAGUACUUCGUUUUACAAGCGGGUUUUUUUCUUACCAUCUAGUCACCUCUUUUCAUUUAUUGUGUAUUAAAAAUACCACAUUUAGAAAUACUUUGAGGAAAUAAACACUUUUUUAAAACGUGGAUUAAUGAAAAAUGGGGUUCACGUAGAAAAGAAAUUUCCCGCUGGUCACAAAGACCGGCGUUUCCCUGCUGGUGUUGGUCAAAGGUGACACUUCUGCUUCUGUCACCGGCACGUCCCCAGAGGUGCGCUCCCAGGGCCGGAGCGCGUGAGACUGAGAUUUUAGUCCAGGUUUCUUCUGGGUCUGCCAGAGUUUUCUUCCAGCCAGAAAACUGGGAAGUUCCGAGCUCUCGUGCGUGGCAGCUGCAGCAGGAAAUUCAACAAUUGGGACAAAACCGUUCUUCCCAACUUGGGGUGGGAAGGGAGUCCCCCGUCAGCUCGGAGCACAGAGGCGCGCCGUAUCCCGACCUGGACCGCCGCCGCCGCUCAUGGACGUGCGUGGAUGUGCGUGGACGUGCGGCGCGCGGGCCGGCCCAGGGUGGGGAUCUGGGUGCGGUCUGGGCGUCGUCUGGUGUGGGCAGCUCGGCUCCGCGCUGGGGUCCGUUAUAAGCAAUAACAGAUGUGUCGCCUGCAGACUCUUAACAGCUUAAAUUUACAUAGGAGUUUCUAUUUUUGAAGUAAGGGACGGUCUACAAGACACACAGUACACUUUGCAUUAUCCUUUCCCUUUCAUAACGCACCCAUGGACGGGGGUCUGUUCUCCUGAACCUGCACACGCAGUCUCGGUGUUCAGUGGGACCAGCUGGAGGGAGCCCACAUCGAGCUUCAGUGGAAACUAGACUCCUCCUCCUCCUCAGACGGCGGAUCACCUGAGAUUUGAAAUUCAGUUCGAGGACUGGCGUCUGGGAGGGGUGGGAAGGGAGGGGGCUGUGCCUGAGUGGUGUCUGCAGGCCUGCUGGAUGAGAAGGAGCCCCGCCACAGGGAGGGGAAGCGGUUGGCGGGGCAGGGGUGGGGAGCGGCCCUCGCUGCAGCGCGGACCUGAGCCAUGUCGGCAGGUGGCCUCGGGGGCCCCCAGGAAAUCUGAAGACAGAAGAGAGGCAGACUCUUUGCAGAAUAAAGUGUUUUUAUUCAUUUGUAUUUAUUAAAUGGAACAAAAGAGAAAGAACCCCAUGGCGUCAUUAUUCUGUGAUGGAGUUUAAUUCCUAUGUUAAAAAUAAAGGUAUGUAUUUUCCCCCUA